UUAUUUUGAGGGAGCCAGCACUGCUAAUCAAAGAAUUGAAUAUUGGUGAGGUUUUCUUCCAAGACAAUGCAUGGAGUUCUGGAUAUCCCUGUUUGCAGACCUCAGAGACAGCAGACUCUUUGAUGGUGGAAUUCUGGACAAAAACCUCCUUCAGUUUUGCUGCAUAAGACUCAUCCAGGAUGAAUUGGAUGACACUGCACAGGUUUGGGAUGCACACACAAUCAGACCAUCAAGAAACGUGAAUGUCCCCACUGAUCAGCCCAAUGUGAUGUAUGCAUUGCUUGUACUGUACCAGACAAGAGACUUCCUUUCCCCUGUUGAAGAUGAACAUGUUCAACUGUGCAAACAUGAGUUUGUCUUUCGGCUGACUAUACCAUGGAGUUUCACAAUUACACAAAUGUCUGCAAUAUCUCACUGCUGCAUUUUACCCUGAAUCUGAAUGCAUGUAUACUUGAUACUUGAACUGUCUUGCCUCUGGAUCCAUAAAUAAUUGAUCACAAAAAGAUAUGUUAUCAACUAUUAAAAGACUCAAAUACUACCUGGCUGAUGUCACCCUUUGUGACCACAAGUGAUGGUGUGUGCUUAAGGACCAUUACCAAGCCACCAUAACCUCUCUUCUCUACACACCCCGUAACCCCCUGGCCCUCCAAAUUGCCACUGGUUAGGCCAGGAAACGCUACGGCCCCAGGCUGAUGCAACAAACCGUGCAUGCAGUCCACCACCUCCUACAGACUCCACCACAGCGGACCAGAACCACCUCCGACAUUGCCCCCCCACCACAGCACCGAAGCAGAAACAACCUGGACCUUACCCUCCCCAUCAUCCCUGAAGAAGAAAUUAAUUUCCCCACCCUACCACCACCCCAGGCCCCCCAGAGACUUUCCAUAUACCGGAGCACCAGCUCAACCACUGCUCCACCUGAAAACACUCCGUCCACUCCAACCACACGCUACCAGCCAAACCUCGUCCAGAGAACCCCUACCUACACCACCCAACAGCCAUCAAGGACCCCUCCUGACCGACACAUGACAGACUUCUUCCCACCAAGCAGCAAACCACUCCAGAAGCAAGCCAAACGAACAGGACCCAUCAUACCCCUACAUCUGUCAAACCAACAAACCACUCAGCAGCCCACCUUCGAAUCCCAGAAGACGCCCACCAAGCAGCCUUCUACAAUUGUACCAGAACCCAACCACAGCAAUACAGCACCGGCCACUUCCACCCCGUUGCCCCAGAGGACUAAGAAAGUCACCUGGGGCCCCACACCCAUCAGAACUGCAACCCGGACCACAGCCCUCGCCCCCGCCCCACCCAUAUAUCCCAUACUCCACCUCGCCCCACCAACAACCUCCCAUUUCAAGCCAAUGACCGUAGAGCCCCCCCUCACCGAUGCCCCCACUGUCACAAAACGCACCCUAGUGUAAGUGAAGGCCCAGAUCCAUGCCCCCAACCCACCAGACAAGAAACCCACCCAUACCCAGGAACUCCUCUCAAUCUCACUGAAUAGCACGACUAAUGUUUCAACCAUGAUCUCUGACAACAUUUCUCCCUUCUCCUCACAGGCAGAUGAUGCUGGCGUCCCGGACCAAUCGGCAGUGCAGCUGACCCCACCUCCCCCAAAAUAUACACAUGUGGAUCGGGCAACAAUGACAACAGGGUCCGUUAAAGUCAAUCACGACCAAAACGCCCCUGCUGAGCCCUCCACUCAACCACCCAGUGGGGUUGCACUGCCCGCCGAGGAAGUCUUGGACGCUGGCCCAUCUGCCUCCCCAGUCCCCCCAUGACAGCAUCCCCCCCAUCAUCGCCUCCCCCUCCCCCCAUCCCAUCUCAGUACUAACACCGGCCCUAGCCUCCUGCCCACCCAUGGCCUCCAGCUCACUACUGGAUCACCCCACUUUCUCCUUCACUUCCGCCCCAACUGACUCACUAUCCCUACACAGACCCAAUUAUUUUAUUGCACGCCCCCAACAGAAAAAUCCAGGAUUGGUUCUUCAAACCCAGAAGGCCAAUCCUGGUACUUGGGGACUCCAACAUUAACCGGAUCCCUGCCCACACCAACC